AAUGUCUAGGGGAAUUUGGGGAUUUAGUGAAGUCAAUAGGCUUGUAACACCUGACGGACCGCUGUAAUCCGACCUAGCGGGGAAUAUUAUUGGCGGAUUUCGUGGGGUAAGAUAGCACUCCAACAAGCUGACAGUACCCGAUAACCCUCCAACUUCCAACUUUGGUAAAUACCUAGGUACCUAACGGGUAUAUCUCGACGGGAACUCUAAACUCUCAUAUUAAGUCUAAGUCUAUAAAUUCUAUUAAGCCCGUAACUACCUUAAGAUACUUCACUCUCUUGUUAAUCUUUAAUAUCGAUAUCUACGUCUCAUAAAAUAAUCACAUUAAAAAGAAAAACCAAACAAGAUGAGUUAUGGGACAUAUACCGACGAGGACUGGGGUGAGAUCAAACAGGAUAUUCCGAAAGAGACCGACCCUUUUGUACAAAAAUACAUCCAGGGUCGCGAGGCGCUCAUAGCGCAAGAAAACAAGGAACGGAGCGAUGCGUCAUUUAAACAGAAUCUUUCUCCUAUCGCCAAGCGCGCCUGUGAUAUUGUAGGGCGUAUCCGAGAAGAGGAGAAGAAUACAGUAUGGACGCCACAGCUGGAAGACUCCCUCGCUCAAGAGGCCGAGAAUAUCACCGUACAUCCGGGCAUGAUGUUCUCGCUAUCCAAGGAACGAAUGGAAAGCACGAAAUUAUGGAAAAUUGUGCGCAGAAUGCCCAAAGGGGCGCUCCUGCAUGCGCACCUAGACGCUAUGGUCGAUUUUGAUCAUCUUUUCCAGAAGUUAUUUGCCACUCCAGGGAUGCAUCUAGCUGCGGAUCAGCCACUUACGACAGCCAAGGCGAAAGAAGUAGCCAAAUUGACUUUCCGCUUCUUUAAAAAAACGCGCACCGAAGGUAACAUUUGGAGUGCUGAUUACAAGGAAGAGACACCAAUCCUGCUUACACAAGUAGCGGAUGCGUUCCCCGGCGGCGGGAAGGCUGGUUUCUUGAAGUGGCUUUACGGACGGUGUGCUAUAUCGCAGACCGACGCUGUUUCACAACAUCAUGGCGUCGACCACAUCUGGCAAAAAUUUCAAAAAUGUUUCCGGGUUGUCGGAUCCAUUAUCCACUACGAGCCAAUGUUCCGCGCUUUCUUACGGCGGCUUAUGAGCCUACUGAAAGCGGAUGGCAUUAAUUGGUGUGAGAUGCGAUUCUCAUGGGCAAUGGACUACUAUACAGAAGGUAGCGAAACGCCUGAAUCGGAUUACGGCGCUAUGAUGACUGUUAUAGACGAGGAAGUGGCGCGGUUCCAGGCGACCGAAGAAGGGGAGGGAUUUUGGGGUUUGCGAACAAUCUGGGCUACGCUCCGAUUCUUCUCCACACGGGACAUUUUGCAAAAUAUGGAGCAGUGUAUCACGACUAAGAUCACACAUCCGCAUCUGAUCGCGGGGUACGACCUUGUCGGUCAAGAAGACGCGGGGCGGACUCUACGCGAUUUGCUCCCCGAGAUCUUUUGGUUCCGCAAGCAGUGCGCCGAAGAGGGUCUCAAUAUCCCAUUCUUCUUCCACGCCGGCGAAUGUCUCGGGUCAGGUAACGCGACCGACCACAAUUUAUUCGACGCCAUUCUCCUAGGUACGAGGCGGAUUGGACACGGAUUCAGCUUGUACAAGCAUCCGUUGCUCAUCGAUCUUGUCAAAGAGAAAAAGAUUCUAGUGGAAAGUUGCCCUAUCUCCAAUGAGGUACUUCGCCUCUGUGGUUCUGUGAUGAGCCAUCCUUUGCCCGCCUUAUUAGCUCGCGGGGUGUCUUGCUCCAUGUGCAAUGACGAUCCGGCAAUGCUGGGGCAGGACACUGCAGGAUCCACACACGAUUUUUGGCAAGCCCUACAGGGCUGGGAGAAUCUUGGAUUGGCAGGAUUAGGCAGCCUGGCUGAAAACAGCAUUCGCUGGGCAGCGUUCGAGGACCAGACUGCCGAGGAGUGGAGUAGGGAUAUUAGGGAAGCGAGCACGGGAAGUGGGAUCAAGGCACAGCGACUCAAGGAAUGGGAGAUCGAGUGGGAGAAAUUCUGCCUGUGGGUCAUAGAUGAAUUUGGCGAGGAAUAAAAGGAGAGAGAGGGCGGGAAGGGGAGAAAAGGGGGGGCGUAAGCGUGAGAAUAGUGCAGGUUGCCUGGAAGCAAAUAGCGGAGACAUGUGCCGCGCACUUACAAACGGGGCCGAAAGCCCACAUCCCCGAGAUGAUUUACGAUGAAUAGGAUGGAUGGGAUUACUUACCCACACGUCUUUCCAUCAUGGUUCAACCCAAAGGAUUU